GUAGGUUGUAGGCUCAAAAUGCUCCUCACAAAGAUAGCUGUACAAGAACACACACACACACACUCUGAACAUACUGUUCUGUACACACAUUCGUUCUCAGUGUGUGAGCACUGCUGUUGUGUGUAUUUAAUAGGGUAAAUUCAAUGUAAUGACGUGACAGAAAAACGCAUAUGGGUGACGUGAGAGAGAAGGAAAGGUAGUAGAGAGAGAGGGAAUGAAUGAGAGAAGGAGAGAGAGAGAGAGAGAGAGACAGAGGGUGGGUGAAAGACAGGUGGAGUCCGUAGUUGCCGUGGCAACCUAUCCCAUAUAUGGCAAGAGGGGAUAUCGCAUUGCAAAGGUCAGGGUGUGUGGAGACGGAGGAAUUGUACAAUAAUGAAGACAGAGAGCAGAGAGGAAUAACGAGUUGAAGGAAAGAUAGUAUAAAAAAAAAAAAAAAAAACAGCAGCAGCAGCUGGAAUAGUGAGAGCCUAAAGGUGACAGGGCAUUUUCGCCGCACGGGGGGAGGAGGAAGCAGGAGAAGCCCAGGAACCCUGUCAUCCCGUGGAUGUGCAGAGCGUGGACGGCGAGCACGGAGGGACGGGGGGGGAGGAGGAGCUGUAGAGGAGCAGAGCAGCCAGUCAAACAGUCCGCUGCUCAAUUAGCCAGCACCAGCAGGAGCCAGGCACCCAUCUGCGAAGGAGUUAAUCGGCUGGUGUUGUAAUGAAUUAAAUAAAGAGUUUCCGCCGCAUGUGCUACUGGAGAGAGAGAGAGAGAGAGAGGGAGAGAGGGAGGGAGAUUGACUGAGGUAAAGGGAGGGAGGGUGAGAGAAGCCGAGGGAGGGAGAGACGGGCAAAAACGCGAUGAGGAGUUUCUGCACCUGACGGACAGCCUGUGAUGACUGGAUGAGUGGUGGACAGGCACAGGUGCACUGCAGCAACAGCCCAACUACUGGAGCUUUAAGAGCCGCAGUCCCCGGCAUUCCCAGUCUACCCAGUCUGGGCUCGCCGACCAGGCCGCCAAGCUCUCCUUCGCCUCCGCCGAAUCCUUGGAGACCAUGUCGGAGGCCGACAUCCCCGUCGGGUUCAACCGGAUGAACCGUUUCCGCCAGAGCCUGCCGCUGUCCCGCUCUGCCAGCCAGAAUAAGCUGCGAUCUCCAGGCGUGCUGUUCCUGCAGUACGGGGACGAGACGCGCCGCGUGCACAUCACCCACGAGCUGAGCAGCCUGGACACGCUGCACGCCCUCAUCGUCCACAUGUUCCCCCAGAAGCUGACCGCGGGCAUGCUGAAGUCCCCCAACACGGCCAUCCUGAUCAAGGACGAGGCGCGCAACGUCUUCUACGAGCUGGAGGACGUGCGGGACAUCCAGGACCGCAGCAUCAUCAAGAUUUACCGCAAAGAGCCCAUCUACGCCUCCUACCCCGCCGCGGCGCACCUGGCCAAUGGAGAUCUGAGGAGGGAGAUGGUGUACUCCUCUCGCGACUCCUCCCCAACCCGACGCAUCAACACCCUCCCCUCCUCUUCGGCCUCAGCGUCUUCUGGCUCUCCGUCCCGCUCACGCCUCUCCUACAGCGGCGGCCGCCCUCCGUCCUUCACCGGGUCCCAUGCCCAGCACGAACAGGCCCGACACCCCCACCAUCCCUCAGCGGGCCACGGUGCCAAUGUAGGCCUGUCUCCUUCCCCCAGCGCCAUCCUGGAGCGCCGUGACGUCAAGCCCGAUGAGGAGGUUUCUGCUAAAAACAUGGCACUAAUGAAGAGUGAGGGGCUGUACGCAGAUCCCUACAGCUUGGUGCACGAGGGCCGCCUCAGCAUCGCCUCCACUCAGUCUUUAGCUGCCAUCGGAGACCCCUUUAGCUUCCCUGUUACCAGUGGCCUGUACCGCCGUGGCUCUGUGCGGUCCCUCAGCACCUACUCAGCUGCAGGUCUUCAGGGGGAUAUGGACGACUCCCUCUACAAACCUGGUGGUUCUCUCUAUUCCGACACAUACUCCUCAGCCACUCUGGGGAUGGGCUUUCGCAUGCCGCCCUCAUCGCCACAGAAGAUCCCUGACAUGCAGCUGAGGGAAAGGGAAUCGUACUCCGGCUCGCCCAGCAGAGCCUCACCUGUCAGGCAGUCGUUUCGCAAGGACUCAACCUCUUCCUCCGUGUUUGUGGAUAGCCCAAAGUCGAGGCCCAGCUCCGGCUCAGAGCCUCUGUGCCUGACAGCCGGGCCUGGAGAGGGCGGCAGGGCCACGCCGGGUUUCGGUUCCUCGUUGUCUGGACAAGACGCAGACAUUAGCAGGGAUCAUCGUCUGGAGCGUAUGGAGGCCAUGGAGAAGCAGAUAGCCAGCCUGACCGGCCUGGUCCAGAGUGUGCUGACCAGAGCACCAGACAGUGACAGCACAUGCGGCCUGCUGCGUCUCUGCAUGAUGGCGGGCUGCCCUCCGGACCAAGGGACGGAGUUCUCACGGCCAUUACCUUUUUCUUCCAGCGAGAAGACCGAAACCAACAGCGACGGCUCCGCCACUGGAACUCACACACCAUCGGGACCGCUUGCUCUGAUGCCGCCGCCACCCUCCAUCUCAACCCAGGUGAACAGCGUCGGCCGCUUGCAGAUGCAGCUCCACCUGCACGGCCUGCAGCAGAACGCCAGCGACCUGCGCAAACAGCUCGGCCAGCUGCGCAAGACACAGGUGGAGAACCAGGCUUCGGUGAAAACUCUGCUGAAGCGGACAGAAGCGGAGCUGAAUGUGCGCGUUGCUGACGCCUUAAGAAAACAGGAGGAUCCUCUGCAGAGACAGCGCCUCCUGGUGGAGGAGGAGAGACUCAAGUACCUGAACGAGGAGGAGCUCAUCAUUCAGCAGCUCCACGACCUGGAGAAGUCGGUGGAGGAGAUCCAGAAGGAGUCAUCCGUCAACCACAAGCUUGUGACAGUGCAGGAGCUGGAGGAGAAGGCCACCCUUCUGAGGAAACUGGGAGAGACGCUCACAGAACUGAAAAAUCAGUUCCCGGGCCUGCAGAGUAAGAUGCGUGUGGUGCUCAGGGUAGAAGUGGAGGCCGUCAAAUUCCUGAAAGAGGAGCCGCACAGACUGGACGCCCUGUUAAAACGCUGCAAGAGCGUAACCGACACCCUCGCCACCAUGCGCAAACAAGCGAAUGACGGGGUGUGGAAGAAGCAGGAGGACUUCUCCAGUUCCUCAUCGAAGCACAACGACGACCUGCGAAAGUUUCCAGACUUCGACAUUCCCACUAGCCCCGCCCUCACCAUGAAUGACCUUGGGGGAGGCAACAGCCUGUCCAACUGGAGCCCCCACUCCAGCUUCAGCCGAAGCCACGGGAACCCGUCCGGCUCUCACAAGGACAGUUAUCCUCCUGUGCCCAACAAGGGCAGAGCCCUGGAGGAGCUGGAGCGCCGCGCUGCUGCGGACAAAGCUUUGUCCGUAGAGGUCCGACUGGCAGCAGAGCGGGAUUGGGAAGAGAAGCGGGCCAGUCUGACCCAGUACAGUGCUCAGGACAUCAACCGGCUGUUGGAGGAGACCCAGGCUGAAUUAUUGAAGGCGAUUCCCGAUUUGGACUUUGCUGCCAAGCACAUUAAACCCUCCUCAAGCACAACUUCCUCCCAGAACCCUCAGAGUGGGACGGCCACCCCAGAGCACCGCGUCAGCAAACCCCAGCACAAGCUUUCUGGGAAGGAGGGGUCCAGGCGUGGCUCUGACGAACUCACAGUGCCUCGAUAUCGCACAGAGAAACCCUCCAAGUCUCCUCCUCCCCCGCCACCGAGACGGAGCUUCCCGACCUCUCCAGGCCUGAUCACCCGCAUCGGAGAGCCCCUCACUGCUGGGAAAAGUAUAAAGAAGUCCGAAUCUGACGAGACUGAAGGCCAGAAGCCUCAUACAAAACUGCGGAGGACCGUGUCUGAAAACCCACGUCCUGCAUCGACACCCCCCACACUGGCCUCCGGGGACAGGGAGGAAGGGGAGGAGGAGAGAAUCGCUGCCGAAUUGGAGCUGUUUGAGAGAGUCCCACUCAGGCUCACAGUGCCCCCUCCCCAUCCCCUGCCUGUUAGCCCUCGCAGCAGGAAAAGCAAACCCCCCCGCAGACUGGACCUGUGGCCCUCUGGGGUCCUGGGCACCGAGGGAAGUCUCUUGUCUCCGGUCCCUCACAUCGUGUUGACAGACACAGCUUCGCCCACUGGCUCGGAGGAUCCUGUCAUUGAUUUGGCAAACAGCUCUGUGGAAGAGAUUCCGUCACGAGAUGUGAUAGGUCAUCUCUACAAGGCGCCCAAAUCAAAGGACCGGGGAAGCUCUCGUCUGCAAGAGCUUAAAAGGGAAAAGGAAUUAAAACAGGAGCUUGCCCUGCUGUUGAUGGAGCAUGAGGUGAGGGCGGUGUCUUCUUUUGAGGCCCAGGAGCUCAGCAACACUACUGGAAAGGUUAUAAAGACUCUAGCCAUCUCACCGCAGACGAAAGAAUUCUCUGAGGUUGCGCUGGGAGAGCGACCUCUCCUACUACUCUUCACGGAGGAACAAACAGUCAGAGAGGCCUACACGCUGCUGUACUCCCUUCUGGAGUCGACCAAGCCUGUUCCCAAACCCAGAGUCAAAUCUUCCCUGGGUUCAGUCAGACAGAGCUCUCUGGCGGAGGCUCUGAAAAGAGGGAUGGAGACAGGGGACAGGAGGCUGACGCUUCACAACACAGAAACUGAGAUGAUUCCUGAAGUACAGCCGGGGUGGGUAAACAGUUCUCUUGAGUCCAAUAGCGCGAGUUACAGUCGGACGAGGACAACAGAAGAUGUGCGACGCAGCACCUACAAGAGGCUGGACAGCUUGGAGGAGACCAUUCGAGAGCUGGAGAACACCUUGAUAGAGUUCGGCGGCCAUCCCUCAGCAGAGCAGCUCUACGCUGAGCCAACUCCAGCUCAGACGACCUCAGAGACCAAGAGGCCUCCGGUUCCACCCAAGCCGACGUCUUUGAACGCAGCAUCGACACAGGGAGGGAAUGUCUCCAGCGUCGGUAAAGUUCUCCACACCUCGGCUACCUCCAAGCUGAAGCACCUGCAGCAGAACAGCACAGACAAGACUAAAGGCGGCAAAAGAGAGGACUUCCUGAAGAUCCAGGGCCAGCAGCAGCAGUGAGCCACCUCUCCGGGUCCGGCCUCUUCAGUCUCCUUCUUCUCAUGUUCACCCCGACGACACACCUCCAUCCGCCUCCUUAUUACUUUUUUAGCGCCCUUCACAUCUCUGAAGUGUUUUCUAAAAUCGACACUGGAUCCCAGUCUCUGUACAUUUGUGGAUGAGUGCGAGUUUAUGUGCUUGUGCAAGCAUGCAUGCACGGGCAUGUUUGACUGUAAUGGUAAGGGAAGGAGCCUGAAGGGGACAGUGCCCAGCCACAAGUGUUUGUAAGACUUAACAUUUUCAUGGUUUCCCCUUUUGAUCCCUA